CUGGUGAACAGCUGAGGUCAGAGAGGAGGUGCAAUGUUCAGCGUAUUUGAGGAAAUCACAAGAAUUGUAGUUAAGGAGAUGGAUGCUGGAGGGGAUAUGAUUGCUGUUAGAAGCCUCGUUGAUGCUGAUAGAUUCCACUGCUUCCAUCUGGUGGGUGAGAAGAGAACUUUCUUUGGAUGCCGGCACUACAACGGCCUCACCCUGAUGGACAUUCUGGACACAGAUGGGGGCAAGCGGUUAGAUGAACUGGAUUCUGGGCUCCAAGGUCAAAAGGCUGAGUUUCAAAUUCUGGAUAAUGUAGACUCAAAGGGAAAGUUGAUAGUGGAAUUGCCCAAAAAAAUAACAAUUUCAGGCAGCUUCCAGGGCUCCCACGAUCAGAAAAUCGAGAUAUCUGAGAACCAGAUAUCCCAGCAGUAUCUGGAUACCCUUGAGAACAGGAAGCUGAAGAGGGAACUACCCUUUUCAUUCCGAUCAAUUAAUAGGAGAGAAAACCUGUAUCUGGUGACAGAAACUCUGGAGAUGGUAAAGAAGGAAACCCUGAAAAGCGACCGGCAAUAUAAAUUUGGGAACCAGAUUUUUCAGAGCCAUCUCAGCUAUGAACACAAGGGCCAAAGGGAAGUGACCAUCCUCCCAAAUCGGGUCCUGAGCUAUCGAGUAAAGCAGCUUGUCUUCCCCAACAAAGCUGGUUUAGAUAUUUGUCUGAGGGACAAAACAAAAUCCUUUCCAGAAGAGAAGGAUGGUGCUUCAUCCUGUUUAGCAAAGUCUUUGGGUUCGGAGGAUUCCAGAAACAUGAAGGAGUAGUUGGAGAACAUGGAAAGUGUCCUCCAGGAACUGACGGAGGACAAGAGGAAAGAUGUGCUAAACUUCCUCUCUAAGUGCCCCGGCAGGGAGGAGCUUCGGCAGGAUCUAGAGCAAAGAGUAUCUGAGGUCCUGAUUUUCGGGGAGCUGCAGAUGGAGGACCCAGUCAAUCCUCUCCUAAGCAGCCUUUUUAAUGCUGCUGGGAUCUUGGUAGAAGCACGUGCAGAAGCCAUUCUGGACUUCCUGGAUGCCUUGCUAGAGCUGUCUGAGGAGCAGCAGCUUGUGGCUGAUGCCCUGGAGAAGGGGACUCUGUUGAAGGGCCAGGUGAAACCUAUCAUGGAGCAGAACUGGGAUGAGCUGGUCAGCAGUCCUCAUGACAUGGACUAUGACCCUGAGGCACGAAUUCCCUGUGCGCUGUAUGUUGUUGUCUCUAUCCUGCUGGAGCUGGCUGAGGGGCCUACCUCCGUCUCUUCCUAACUACAAAAACCCUUUCUCCCCACAAGCCUCUGGGUUCUCCCUUCACCGGUCUGUCCUCACCGCGAUCGUCACUACCAUCCUGUUA